AUGGCUACCUGUCACCCCCUCCUAGCGGCCUCUACGACGGUGACAUCUGCGAGCCCGUUUGAUUCUGAACAUGUUUCCUUUCCACCUUCGAAGAGGCUAAAGUUAGACCAUGAUGGCGAUGAAGGUAUCUGUGAAGCUACACCGGCCAAGUUUACUAUCAAUCCAUGCGGUACCUCCCAGCUAGAUAAACCACAUACUCUUUAUUCCAUAGCCCUGAUCCCACGCUCUCGCCUCCCUCUGUCAUGGCUAGAUACACGCCCUUCACCUCCACGAAGUAUACGGCCAGGGAGCCUCUUCACAGCAAAUAUACCAGCUCUGGAAAGCAGUUUAUGCGGUGAUAAUAGCGCAACCGUGCUAGCUGCACGAAUUUCAGACUCGAUAAAUCUUGGUAGCGGUGAUGGUUCAAAGGAAUACUUUGUUGUGGAAAGGGUGAAGCGCUGCAUAUAUGCGAUAUGUGCUCUGAGGAUUGGAAUACGGGAAGCAGACUUGAUAGUUGCAUCAAAAGGAAGUGGGAUGCCAGAUGAAUACUGUUCUUCCCAGAUAUCGUCUGACCUAUUGACGGACUGCCUAGAACAUGCUGCUAUCACCGAUCUUGACUCGCUCCAAGAAAUGCCGGUUCACAGUAGGCAGGCGGUAUCAUUUGCUUUUGGGAAUACUCCUCAGGCGACCUCUAUGUCUGACCAAGCUGGCGGAUCCGAAAUGUCUUACGAUACUACGUUCUCUUUACCGGUAAUUGUAACCGAAAAAGAUCCCAAAACCGAGGGAAAGAUCGAGCUUGGGAUCAAUCUGCCAGCCGAAUACUUCGCCGACAAUCAGAAUCUUUCACAGACGCAUACUGUGAGUAAUGCUGAAGAAAUGCUCUCUACUCUCAAAACACAGUAUCUGGAGGCUUUAUAUAUAUCAAAGACAUCCGUGGCCUAUUUUGCAAAGGGUCCCCUCUCGCGUGCCCGUGCUGCAUUUCAGGAUAUAGAAGUUACUUCAUCUAUGAGACCAGCGGUUUUAUAUCACUAUUACCGGUCUUGCAUUAUCCCUAUGAAAAAGAUGGACGCGAAGUACAAGGAUUCUUUGCCUAAGAUAAUAUCAGUUAUUAACCGAUCUCCGUCCGAUGGCGACGAUGCCGCUCCUACCAAGAAGAAACGUAAGAGCAAAAAAAAAACUUUAGGCAAAGACGGUUUAUACGCAGAUGAAGAAGAUUUUAUUUCCAAAUGGUGGAAAUCCACAUACGAAAACGACUGGUCGGUGGGGAAGGUUGCCUUGGAAGGACAGAAAAAACGCUUGAUUGAAGAUAUACGGAUGCGUGAAACGCAGUUACAGAUCCUCUUGAUUCUAGAGAUUAUGCUCUUGGAAAGCAGUCUUGGAAAUCCGAAUGAACUGGACGGUGGAAAUACGGAAAAGCCUAAAAAGUCUAACAAAAAGCAGCAAAAUAUGGCUACAGCGCUGGAAUUGCUUCUGGACAGGUUAUGCAUUUGGCAUACAGUGAGCUCUCAUAUGCUUCCAAUCGAAAUGCUAGGUGAUUCAAACAAGCUGUCUGCUGGGCCUGGGAAACCACCCAACAAUGACAAACUCCGUGACUUCUGCACUGAAGUUAUUAUACCUUUCUAUUCUGCGCGUCUCCCCGAGCAAUGCCAGGUGAUAAAUCGCAAACUAGGGGGCCCGGCCGUGCCAUCGCCUGCUCGACCAAGCCGAUCUAACGCAAAGCGGUCGACAAACCAAUUGUCAAAAUCGGCCAAAGGGCCCGCAUCGAAAAGGUCUCUACAGCGAGUGAGAACGGAUGAGAAGAUCCCCGUCAGGGCGAAAGUCCCCAGUUUAGUGCGGAACAACACAGCUCCCCCCCUCACAGAAGUAAAACGCGAAAACAGUGAUCAGUUACCAUUAUCUGCCGCCACAAGCGGGAGGGGUGGUAUUCAAAAACCAAAGCGAGUGAACAAUCGCGAGGUGGACCUAGAAGCCGUGGCCAAACAUCACGAGUCGAAACUGAAGAGGAUGAAUCUUCUGGUGGAUCAGAAACGGGAGUUGGAUGCAGCUAUCCAUGCUCUCAGAAAGCCGAAUCGGGAGCUAGUGGCCCGAGACUUUGUUGAGUCCGCGGAAAAAAGGUCUAUGUCCAUGGCUGCUGCUCAUCCUAGGAAGCAGAAAAACCCCACGCGGAAUCCAUUUGGCCAAGGUGUACAAGUUAUGGCGACGCCGAAAAGACCAAGGACAAAAGGCUGCGGGUUUGCCGACUCGUCUUCACUGCCGAAUACAUGGAAACGGUCAAUACCAGCCGUGACGGCAAACCCGGUUCCUGAUGCGGACACCCAGGUGGUGCCGUCAUCAAGCGUCCGUCCUACAAACGCGAACUCGCUGUUCAAUGCACUAGGCACAUCUCACGCGGAUGAUCUCGUUCAUGAAACACCAUCAAAGCCACCUUCAAACGGAGUAAAACGAAGCGCCACCUCCAACCCUGUAGGGAGCGGGAUGGAGCAUAUAUCCCCACAGGACGAGGCCAGCCCUACCGUUUCCCGCAAGUCGAACUCGCGCUACUUUGACACCAGUUCGAUAAAAUUUGGUCUCAACACCUCUACUACGGAGAUCGGCGAGACACCCCCUCGACCUAAGAGGGCAACGUUCACUAGCGAACCUGCAGUACCUAAACGCGUUGACUUUAUGCAGCCAAGUACUCCCACCAAGGGUGGUAACCAGCAAAGUACCACCAUCGUGACCCCCCUGCAGCAAAUGCGGGCUGGCAAUGACGUGAAUAGAACGAUUAAUGAAACCCCUGAGAAGUCAAUUUAUGAACGCUUGGGGUGGACUAAUGAUGACGAUAACGAUGAAUUGGCGUUUUUCUAA